GUUUUGCUGUUUUUUCACUAAAGUUGUCUUGUUUCUCUUUGAUUUAGAUUACGUGUCUUUUGAUUUUGAUAUGUUUGAUUGUUUUUUAUUGUAACAACAUUACUUUCUCUUACUAGAGUUUUGCUGUCGAUUAUUUAUUCCUUCAACCAUCAUCUAGUUUCAAAGAUGGAAGACUUUAAAUCGUUAAUGUUAACGGUUGUCUCAAUCCUGUUAACCAUGGCCGUCAUUGGGAACGCAUAUUAUCAGAAGAAACAGUUUUAUCCUUCGGUUGUCUAUAUUACUAAAUCUAAUCCAUCUAUGGCGGUAAUUUAUUCACAAGCUUUUGUCUUUGUCCUUCUUAUGGGUAAGCUAAUGAGGAGGAUAUUCUUUGGUCAAUUGAGAGCAGCUGAGAUGGAACAUCUGAUUGAAAGAGCUUGGUAUGCGGUUACAGAAACAUGCCUUGCUUUCACUGUUUUCAGGGAUGAUUUAAGCCCGAAGUUUGUGGCACUAUUCACCCUGUUAUUGUUCCUAAAAUGUUUUCACUGGUUAGCUGAAGAUAGGGUUGAUUUCAUGGAAAGAAGUCCAAAUAUACCAUUCAUUUUCCAUUUUCGAGUUAUCUCGCUGUUAUUUUUACUAGCAUCGCUUGACAUAUUCUUCGUGAACUUAGCUUAUUAUAGCACAAUGACCAGAGGAGCUUCAGUUCAAUUAGUAUUUGGAUUUGAGUAUGCAAUUCUUUUUACGGCUGUUAUCAACAUAGUAAUGAAAUAUGGCUUACAUUUUAUGGAUCUCCGGCGUGAAAAUCCUUGGGAAAAUAAGGCUGUAUAUUUACUCUAUACUGAACUUAUAAUGAGCGUUGGAAAAGUUUUUCUUUAUCUCUCUUUUAUUUCAAUCAUGAUGAAAAUUCACACCUUCCCAUUAUUUGCAAUAAGACCUAUGUAUUUAAGCAUGAGAGCCUUAAGGAAAGCAUUCAGUGAUGUCAUCAUGUCUCGAAGGGCUAUCAGAAAUAUGAACACCUUGUAUCCAAAUGCAACAGCUGAAGACUUAGCUAAUAAUGAUAAUGUUUGCAUUAUUUGUCGUGAAGAGAUGACUGGUAAUGGAUCAGCUAAAAAACUUCCUUGCAAUCAUAUUUUCCACGUCUCAUGUCUGCGAUCUUGGUUCCAAAGGCAGCAAACAUGUCCAACUUGCAGAAUGGACGUUCUUCAAACCAUAACGCCUCAACCGGCACCUCAACCAGCUAAUCGCCAAGCAAGACAAGGAGCUCCAGUUCUUCAGCAAGCUCAACCUCCUCUACCUCCUCAAGUUCAAAUUUUAUUGGGACCUUUUCUGGCACAGUUUGCACAGCAAAUGCAACAAAAUCAACACCAAGCUCAGCCAGCUGCUAAUCAACAACAACCACAGCAAUCAUCUUCAACUCCAGCCUCAACUGCAACUACCACAAUCACUACAACCACAAAUACAACAAGUGUUAAUUCCGGUGCAUCAUCGUCUUCGCCGUCAUCAUCAGUUUCAUCAGCGUCAGUUUCAUCAUCAACAACAACUACUUCUGGCAGUACUGCUGCAACAACUUCUAAUUCAUUACCUCGUUCAUUAUUCACUUUGCCCGGAUUUCCUCAUUUUAUGCCUUUUGUGCCAUUCCCUCCGCCUGUACCUCCCAUGGCUGCCUCUCCACCGAAUUUAUCGCAAUUAACCGAUGAAGAACUCAGGCGGAUGGAAGGUAACGAAAGAGAAGCUGUUGAGGCUAGAAUAAGGUGUCUUCUCAACAUAAAAAAUCUUCUAGAUUCUGCUGUUGCUCAACUUAACCAAUAUCAACUAGUCGCUGGCCCACUUUCGGUUGGUCUUGAUCGACAAGGAGACUUGUCCUCCUCGUCAAAUAACAUCAAUAAUCUUUCAUCAUCUAAUUCUAAUUCACAGAAAGUUAGUCAAACUAAUCAUGUUCCAGAUGAUGUUAGGAAAUUACGAAUACAAAGGUUUUCACAAACAAAUACUCCUAUCGUCGAUAAUAAAAGUAACAUUAUUGGAUUAAAAUUAGAUGUGAAAAAUAAUGAUGGAUCUAGCAAUGAUAAACCUUCUACGUCAGCAUCUUCAAGUGAUGGAAAAUCUAAUGCUGUUGGUGAUGACGAUAAAAAAGUGCCAAUCGAAUCAAAGCAAGAGAGUUAAAUUCAAAUAAAACCAGAGCAUAUGUUUUUUAUUAACCAAUUUAAUUAUAAACAGUAAAAAUCAAUCGAAAGAACUUCGAUUUGGUUAAAUACGGUUCUUAAGGCAAACAAAAAACUUCAAAAAAAUGUGAUUCAUCCCAUUAGCGAUUUGAUUUUUGCUUUGCUGGCCAGGUUUGAGUGACCAAUGUCUGUUAUGACCAAAUAAACGUUGUUAAUGAUUGUAAAAAAAAAGUGGAUUAGAUGAGCAACUCAUUAAUUAUGAGAUCUGAAUGCGUGAAAUUGAAUUUGAGUUAGCAAAUGGUAUUUUCAUGCGUCAAAAGCCUUGCCACUGUAUUUGCUCUAUCGUCAUCAAAAUUACAAAAAAAAAUUGUAUUUAAAAUCUCUUGGAACACUUGGAACACUCAAAAUCAAGUCUUCAGAUCAGUAACAUUAUUUCGCCAUUGAUUCGACCAUUCACAAUUAAUAUGAUUCAAGAAAGAUUGUCACCACUUUUUGCUUGAAAUAACAUCAAACAUCUUUCUUGAAAUACACAAUUUUUAUCUUGACCUGGACUUUUUUUGAACUUACACACUAAAGAAAACAAAAAUUCAAUUUUAAA